AUGAGGUGGAGGGAAGAGGUGGACGACGAUGAGGAGGUGGUGGCGGUGGCGGUGAUGUACAGCAGGCGGGCACCGCCGCUGGGCACGUUCGGACCCGGCGCUGGCAAGGGCCGGAGCUCUGUGUCUCUCUGUGUCUCCGCGUGCAGCUGGGUGAUGCUGAUGUCCCACCCAGCGGACUUCACUCCGGUGUGCACCACGGAGUUGGCCCGCGUCGUCCGCCUUUGCCCCGAGUUCUCCCGCCGGGACGUCAAACUCCUGGCCCUGUCCGUGGACAGCCUAGCAGAGCACCACCAGUGGGUGGCCGACAUCAGCGCCGUGUCCGGGGUGGCCUCUCCUCGCCUGCCCUUCCCCAUCGUGGAGGAUCGCCGGCGUCGUUUGGCGAUACGCCUGGGAAUGCUGGACGCAGUGAACACGGACAGCGAGGGGCUACCCCUUACCUGUCGCUCUGUGUUUGUGGUGGGGCCGGACCGAAGGCUCAAGCUGUCGGUGCUCUACCCGGCCAGCACCGGCCGCAACUUUGACGAGAUCUUGCGCGCCAUCGACUCCCUGCAGCUCACCCACGUCCACCGCCUGGCCACACCCGUCGACUGGCGCCCCGGUGAGAAGUGCUUCAUCCCUCCGUGCGAGUCGGCGGCUCCCUGGCCCCGGGUGGAGACUGUGAGCCUCCCGUCCGGCAGGGCCUACAUGCGCUACACCGCCUGCCCCGCCGCCCCCCAUCACCACCAGCAGCAGGGGCAGCAGGGGCAGCAGGGGCAGCAGCAGCAGGAGCAGCAGCAGGGGCAGCAGGAGCAGCAGCAGGAGCAGCGGGAGCAGCAGGAACCCACGGCCCACGGCCACCUGCCACCAGGCCGCGUAGCGCAGGAGCAUGAGCACCUGGAGGAGACGCACCUGGAGGAGACGCACCUGGAGACGCACCUGCAGGAGACGCACCUGGAGGAGACCUACCUGGAGGAGACCUACCUGUAGCAGUGGACGCACCUAGAGCAGACGGCACCUGGAGAUGUACCUGGAGGAGACGCACCGGGAGGAGACGCACCUAGAGACCUACCUGGAGACGCACCUGCAGGAGACCUACCUGUAGAUGCACCUAGAGACGCACCUGGAGACGCACCUGCAGGAGACCUACCUGCAGGAGACGCACCUGGAGGAUACCUACCUGUAGCAGCGGACGCACCUAGAGCAGACGCACCUGUAGCGGCAGACGCACCUGGAGUUGUACCUAGAGACGCACCUGCAGGAGAUGUACCUGGAGAUGCACCUGUAGUGGCAGACGCACAUGUAGUGGCAGACGCACCUUGAGAUGUACCUAGAGACGCACCUGUAGUGGCAGACGCACCUGGAGAUGUACCUAGAGACGCACCUGCAGGAGAUGUACCUGGAGACGCACCUGCAGGAGAUGUACCUGGAGAUGCACCUGUAGUGGCAGACGCACCUGGAGAUGUACAGUGAGGGAAAAAAAGUAUUUGAUCCCCUGCUGAUUUUGUACAUUUGCCCACUGACAAAGAAAUGAUCAGUCUAUAAUUUUAAUGAUAGGUUUAUUUGAACAGUGAGAGACAGAAUA